GCAUCUUGUCGCGGUUAAAUGACAUCAUACGCGCGCCAACAUAACAUUCGGUACAUGUGGAGCUGUCAAUGAUGUGGAACUGUGGGGCUAAAUUGAACAGUUUAUUUAGUUGUUAGUCUGUUUUCUUUGUCCGUGGUUGGAUAUCCGGGCGGUGGCGCACUUUCAAGAGGUUUCGUACUUCGUGGAAUUAUAAAGAAGGACUCUGCUUCUAUUAAAUGCUGCCAGUGAGCUUCCUGCAGAGAGCAGCCAGGACGCUAACAUCAACAGCUAGCUAGCCGGUUGAUAGAGCAACAUUAGCCGGCAGACAGUCGUCGUCUGUGCUCUCCACACAUGGCUGAUGACAGUGUGAAAAUUGAAGCCUCAGCCCAGCAGGACAAGGAUAACGGAGCUAACGAGAGCAGCCAGAAGACUGAGAGUAGUAAUAAUGGAGAGAAUGCAGCAGGAAACCAAACAGUGUCCAAAAGGCAAAAGAAGAAGCUUCUGAAACAGCAGAAAUGGGAAGAAGAGAGAGAACUACGAAAGCAGAAACGAAAGGAGAGGAAGCAGCAGCGUCGGCUGCAGAGGCACAACCAUCCGGAGGAGCAGGGAGGAGAGGCCCAACACGUGAGGAAACGUCCCCGCAGAGAGGUGACGCCCAGCUCGCUGAGGCUGGUGGUGGACUGCAGCUUCGACAACCUCAUGCUGACCAAGGAUGUCCAGAAGCUUCACAAACAGAUCCAGCGCUGCUAUGCUGAGAACAGACGAGCCACGCAUCCAGUGCAGGUGUAUCUGACCAGCCUGGGAGGACAGCUGAAACAGAGCAUGGAUGAAAAGGACAAAGGAUGGGUGAACUGGAAGGACAUCAGCAUCAAAACUGAGCACUACAGCGAAGUGGUGGCGAAGGAGGAGCUGGUGUACCUGACAUCGGACUCUCCCAACGUCCUGGAAGAGCUGGACCACACAAAGGCCUACGUGAUAGGAGGCCUGGUGGACCACAACCACCAUAAGGGGAUCACUUUUGAGAGGGCGAAGGAGCUGGGGAUCGAUCACGCUCAGCUUCCUCUGAGCAGUUUUGUCAAGAUGAACAGUCGGAAGGUUCUGGCAGUCAAUCACGUGUUUGAGAUCAUCCUGGCCUACUUGGAGAAGGGCAGCUGGCAGGAGGCCUUCUUCACCGUCCUGCCUCAGAGGAAAGGAGCAGUGGCCGUCGACCAGGAAAAAGAAGAGGCAGAUUCAGACUCUGACCCCGGUCCCUGACACACCAGACCACACUGAGAAAAGAGCUGAAAAACUUUGUGUGUGUGUGUGU